AUGGCAAAUAAAAUUUUAAAUUUAACUCCUUCAGGCUAUAUCCAACAUUCUUCAUAUAGUCAAGUUAAGAAUCCAGAAAAUCAACUUAAAAAUAGUGAUUAUGUAUUUGAAAGUUUAGGAAAAACAAGCAAUAAUGUGGUUACCAAUAGUUUAAUUCAAGAUGUAGAUAACGACGAAG